AAUGUGCACUGUGUUUGUGACAUGUUUGCAGACAACAUGAUAUUUAUUGACGAGGUCCACCCACUCUUGAUAUUCCAUCGGUGAAAGAUGUUUUGUUUUCAGAUUGUCUGAAAACAAUCAGAUUGUCUGAAAACAAUCCAACUCUUUGAGAGUUGGUUUGGGUUUGACCCCUUUGUAUGCAGUUAUCGGUUUGGUACGCAACAUUUCAUUAUUAUGCAUUGAAUGUUGCUAAGGGAUGUGCCACAAUUGCAUCUUGAAGUUGAAUUGGAAAAAGCGCUGUCAAAGCACAUUGUCAGUGUUUAACAAUGAAGUGAUGGCCCCCUUCUUCCCUCACACACCCAACUCCUCCACUGCCCAGGGAGAUCAGUGAGUGUAGAAUAGCGGCCAUACAUUCUCUGAUCACUAUUUCAUGCCCGGGUGCAAAUGCCAAGAGCUGAACUCCACCCAUGAUAUUAUCGCUAGCAGGGAAACGUUAGCUAAUAAAGAUCUCAGUGGUACAGUACUCUCCAUGUCUGUCAUAAUCUGCAUUUGAAAUAUGCCAAAGCCAGGCACGGGUUUCAAGUCCGUCUGAGAAAUUCUUUUGCACCUCAUAAAAACCCCCUGGGUGUUCUGCCAGCGAGUCAGUUGCACUGUGGACCCGGCAGAAAGCCAUCAAGCGAGCGAGCGGACCGAGAGCACCAUUAGGCAGUCUUCUCAACAAAAGCCAGAGUUUUCAUCACACACGGUUUAUCUCGGCACUUCCAGCAUGAGGGCCACGUCUUACUCCCAGAGGAGCCUGCAGGUCAGCGGCUCCAACAGCCGGGUGCGGGUCCAGAGCCCGUCCCCGGCCCGUUGCCGCGGCACCUCCUACGACAGCCGAGGACGCUCGGGGUUCCAGGGCCAGGCCCUGGCCAUCGAGCUGGGCACGGAGAUGCACCAGCAGCACGCCGACGAGAAGGAGGAGAUGCAGGAGCUUAACACCAGGUUCGCCGGAUACAUUGAGAAAGUCCAGGCCCUGGAGCACAGGAACGCCUCCCUCCAGGCCGAGCUGGGCGCCCUCCAGGGCCGCUACAAAGGGGGCCCAACGGGCAUCGGGGAGGAGUACGAGCUCCGGUUCAAGGAGGUGCGGGAGCUGAUCGAGUCCCUGACCAACGAGAAAGGUGCGGCCGACAUCGAGCGCGGCUACAUCGCGGAGGAAGUGGAGGUGUGGCGCCUCAAGCUGGAGGAGGAGCUGGCGCUCAAGGAGGAGGCCGAGAUGAUCCUGCGGGAGUUCCGGCAGGACGUGGACGACGCCACUCUGCAGAAGGCGGAGCUGGAGAGAAGCGUGGAGCAGCUGGUCGCCGAGAUCGAGUUCCUCAAGAAGCUUCACGACGAAGAGGUGGCCGACCUCAUGAAGCAGAUCGAGGAGUCCAAGGUCACCGUUGAGCAGAACGGCGACCGACCAGACCUGGCCGCAUACCUGCGCAACAUGCGCGCCGAGAUCGAGUCGGUGGCCGCCCGCAACGUCCAAGAGGCGGAGAAGUGGUACAAGGGCAAGUUUGACACGCUCAAAGUGCACGCCAGCAAGAACGAAGAGCAGAUGAACGCCAUGAAGAACGACAUCGCUACGUACAGCACGCAGGUGACCGAGCUGCAGAACCAGAUCGACGGGGUGAGGGCUCGCAACGCGUCCCUGGAGCAGCAGCUGGACGAUAUGGAGAUGGCUCACAUGGACAAAGUGAACGCCCUCGAGGCGGUCAUCGCCCAGCUGGAAGCCCAGCUCUGUGAGACCAAGCUGGAGAUGACCAAGUACCUGCAGGACUACAAGGACCUGCUGCACAUUAAGCUGAGGCUGGACGCCGAGAUCGCCACCUACAGGAAGCUCCUGGAAGGAGAGGAGAGCCGGCUCGGUCUCAAGGCUGACCCAGCAACAGGGAUCUAAAGGCCUCUAAAGGUCUUGUAGUAUUUGGAUGAGACCACCAGGAAAGAGAUGCCACUGCUGUUUUUGAGCAACCAUAGUCUUCCUCACCCAUCGCAACGUCCUACCAUCAUACCAAGCCAUAUAUGAAGAAUGUCUUUCUGCUCUCCCCAUGGAACAUAGUAUGGUUCCCCUCACAGCCCCAUCUGCCUUGCAUACCUAAACUUUCUCCACAUCCUCACUUACAACCCCGUCCAUCCUUUUUUAUUUUUAGCAGAACGCAUGUCUUUGCCAUCUGUGUAUCUAUGGUGUAGUUUUUUCUUGCCAACCAUAGACCUUCCAUAGUUCUUUACCCCUUUCUUUGCAAUCUUAAUGUCCUUAGGGUCCUUUUUAAAAAUGGCUACUUAGUGGAUUGUUCUGACAUUUCUCAUCACGUCCCUAU